GCGGAGGAAACCCUGUGCCGUGAGCAGCCAUCUUGGAUAGACAGAUCAUACUUGAGCCAGGAUAACCUGCAUUCCUCUUCUGAACAGCUCAAGAACACAAAGCUCAAAAGACUUAAUUUCUGAGCCACAAUGGCCACCGCACCAUACAACUACUCCUACAUUUUCAAAUACAUCAUUAUCGGGGACAUGGGGGUAGGGAAGUCAUGUUUGCUUCACCAGUUCACAGAAAAGAAAUUCAUGGCGGACUGCCCCCAUACAAUUGGUGUUGAGUUUGGUACAAGGAUAAUCGAAGUGAGCGGUCAGAAGAUCAAGCUGCAGAUUUGGGACACAGCGGGGCAAGAGCGCUUCAGGGCCGUCACCCGCUCCUACUAUCGCGGAGCUGCAGGGGCACUCAUGGUCUACGAUAUCACCAGGAGAAGCACGUACAACCACCUCAGCAGCUGGCUGACUGAUGCCAGAAACCUCACCAACCCCAAUACUGUGAUCAUUCUCAUAGGAAACAAAGCAGACUUGGAGGCCCAGAGGGAUGUCACGUAUGAGGAAGCGAAGCAGUUUGCCGAGGAGAACGGGCUGUUGUUUCUGGAAGCCAGUGCAAAAACAGGUGAAAACGUUGAGGACGCCUUCCUGGAAGCUGCUAAGAAGAUCUACCAGAACAUCCAAGAUGGCAGCCUGGACCUGAACGCUGCCGAGUCGGGGGUCCAGCACAAGCCCUCGGCCCCUCAGGGUGGACGGCUAACCAGCGAACCACAACCCCAGAGGGAAGGCUGCGGCUGCUAAUGACCAAGCAAAACCCCCCUUCAUCCUCCCUUCCUCUCUCUCUCUCCGUCUGUCCUGCCCGCCCUCCCUCAACCAUCUCUCCCCCCCACCCUCUCCAUCCAUUCCUCCACCUCCGUACGUCCAUCCACCCUCCUCCAUUACUGCACCAGGAGCUGCAUAAAAGCAUGGGCUGCGGAGGGAAGGAACGGGGGACGGAUAUCGACUUGGGCCAGACUGAGCUGGGCUGUGUGGACUACAUCGCUUCCCUCCUCCUCCUCCUCCUCCUCCUUCUCCUCCUCUCUGCCUGUCUGUCUCCCUUUUUGCCGUCUCACUCAUCCUCUUUAAACUCUGUCUGUGUGUCGUCGUCCCAUAACUUUCCUCUUUCGCUCCCCUCCACUCUUUGUGCACCAUCCAGUGUAGUUCCCCCCCCUCACCCGUCAUAGAAUCGUAGACGCCACCACGCAUUACACGGGUUACUGACACUUUAGAUAGAUGUAAUGUUCAUACGAUAAUGAUAAACCGAGACUGUUUUUUAUGUUUGGUUUUAUAGCUAUAUAUGACAUGUAAACACCGCAUUAAGUUUCAUCCAACUCCGAUCAGUUCUUUAAGAAUCGGCUCUAAAUUAUAUUCUCAAACUCCUGACGCCUUUCCUGCGUGGUUUACCAAUCCAGCAUUUUAUCGAGGCAUGCGGGUGUGAUAUCUCACUCGCUGUUAAUUUUUGCGGGAUUUGACAGCGAGGGCAGUGAAGUAGUGUAUCAUGCAGCCACGCAGUUAAGAGGCUCUUAAGUGUGGCGUCAAAGAAUGUGUAGCCCAGUGAGCUAUUUUCAGCAGGAUUCAAACCUGCUUGUGGCUUUUAAUUCUGUUUCUGCUGCUCGGCACAAAGUGAGUUUCUUUGCACGAUGUGGCAACACUGAUGCUCUCAGGAGAGAGAGAGGGGAAAAAUAUUUAAAAACCCAGGAAUUACCCACAAAUUCCUUGUGGAUGAUUCCUCAGUCUCUCCCCUGAGAUAUCAUAGGAAGGAAUAUUGGGUGUUUUCCAGCUUGUCUGUGUGUGUUUGUGAGUGUCUGUGCAUUAAGAAGUUGGGAGUUUGUUAUGACUAAGAUAAAAUGACACUUUAACAAACAAUGGCAUUUCUGUUUCUGAUAGAAAGAUUCAUUUACAUGUUUCUUUGCACCAGCUCUCCCUCUCCUCACCCAUCUGAUCCGAAAACUCUCCCCCAGGUCAUAUCAACAGUUUGUCUUUACCAGCAUUUUCUGUCAUUGUUUGUUGCCUUAUUAUAAUUAAUGUUAUUACUCUUUAAUCUUCAUUGUUUUCGCUGCACUCGCUCUUCACACUGCUGUUGGACCCGAUUCAAUAUAUCAACCCUUUUUUAGAAUAAUUAUUGCAUUUUACUGGAUAACCGAAAAUGUACAAGUGGUGGCUCACAUGGUCUAAAUAUCUAUCAGCAGCAUGGUCUUAAGCCCACAUCUCGACUAUUCAGAUGUAAAAACAAACUGUCAACACUCCUUUAUCUCAAGUGCUGCACUGAAGAGCUGAUCUGUUGUUCAUUUGGGCGGUUGUUUCUCUGCCUUGUAUAAUACAACACCAAGCAGCAUGUCCCCCCCCCCCAUCCGAAACAGUGAAAUUGUCGAAAUCCAAUUAUGCUUAUUUUUUUUUUUCCAAGUACAAUUUUUCUGUACCAUAGUGAUUCCCUGAUUGGACAGCUGUACAUAUUGCUUCUUAACUAUUGGUGAUGACCUCGCUACUUGGGAUUUAGAAAUUUAUUUGCUGGCUCUGCCAAGAUCUGUACAGUUGAUGUGCUAGUGGGUUGCCUGUAAUUCAUGCUUGGGAAAUUCUGUAACAUAGUUUCUAUUAAUAAAUGUAUGUAAAGGACAGACACCUAGACACCCAACCACCCCCAACCACCCUGUCUGCACACUACUGAACCCGUCGAUUGGUUGAGGGGAGAGGAAGUGGAUUGAGAUGAUGUGCAAACUAGUAUUUAUGUCUGCAAACUUCUAUUCCUCAUUUCUGUAUGGAGUGGAGAAUGGGGCACUUUUUAUGUUUAUAUUCUGUUUUCUUUUUUCCCACCCAGUCAUUGCUCCUCCACAUAGGAGGGGCCUGCAUCGCUGUCUUAACUUUUGGGGAGUGGGGAUUGGUUUGUUAUUGUGGGAAGUCGGUGGGCUGGGUCUUCCUUUUUCCUGUGUCCCACCUCUUUGCAGUCUGAGUGACCACUUCCUGCUUUUGUCUGUCCACAAGUACAAAAAAAAAAGUACAUAUGUAUAAAUUUUUAAGGAGCUGUGCUAACAUUUAAAUGCGUUCUUGAGUGUAUAUGAUUUUAAAAUGUUGACAUUUUGAUUUUAAUGACAAAAUACUCUAGACAGAAAAAAUAAAUUAUACAUAACCUGUU